AUGGCCAAGACACAAAGCGGCCCUUCAUCAAAACCGAGAGUUAAACGUCCAACGUAUUACACAAAUUCUCCAAAUCUGGUGCUUUCGAUGGACACUAGUAAGCAAUUGCCAAGUCUCCCUUUCGUCAAUUUUGCUGGACUAUUGUGUACUUUCAGAAUCAAAAUCAUAAAAUACAGUAGACUCGUUACUAUUUCACGCUUUAAUAUGCCAUAUAAAUAUUCACCUGUAGCACAUUAUACACGAGUUUGGAAGUUUGGAUUCCUCAUAACUGACUGUGGUUUGGAUUCCACUCAUUUAGACAUCUCAGCCGUGAAAAUUGUCCGAUUUCUAUUUUUUCAUUUAAUCACGUGCGGUUUCAAUUUCCUAUCUAACAAGAAGGUGAAAAUGAUUUCUGGCUUAAACAACUUUGCUGUGUAUUUGUGUAAUAACUGCCUAACAUUUAGCAUUUUUGCUGCAAGUUUGACAAUCAAAUUUUUUGCACAAGGGAUUACUACACGGUCACAUCAUAGUAGUGUUUUGGCGAUUAUAUUACAAAGUGGCUACAAUUUUUGCACAAUUUUUUUUAAUUUUGAUGCUUAA